AUGGUGUCUCAACACGCAGUCCCGGGAGAAGGAGCAGAUGAUGGUGAUAGUGGAAACGAAAGCAGGAGCGGAAGUGAGGAAACAAAUGUUUGUGAAAAAUGCUGUGCAGAAUUCUUCAAGUGGACCGAUUUCCUGGAACACAAGAAGAACUGUACUAAAAAUCCGCUGGUGUUGAUUGUGAAUGAAGAUGAAGCAGCACCACCUUCUGAAGAGUUCCCGGAGCCCUCGCCUGCUAGUUCUCCCAGUGAGCCAGCAGACAGUGAGGCUGCUGAAGAAAGCACUCAGACUGAGAACAACGAGAGCUGUGAGGUAAAGAAUACAGACAAGGAAGAAGAACCCAUGGAAAUAGAACCUUCUGCAGAGAAAAGUUACCCCAAUCAAGGCACCUCUAGCACAGCUACGCCACUACCUCAGAUUAGUGAAACAUCUUCCUUGACAAGUUAUAGCAUGCCAAACACUAACGUAACCUUAGAGACCUUGUUAAGUACUAAAGUGGCUGUUGCACAAUUCUCCCAGAGUACAAGAUCUGCAGCCACUGCAACCACAGCCAGCGGGGUUACGGCAAUGGCCAUUCCAAUGAUCCUUGAGCAGCUGAUGGCGUUGCAGCAGCAGCAGAUUCACCAGCUGCAGCUAAUUGAACAGAUCCGGAGUCAGGUGGCAAUGAUGAAUCGGCAGCCAUUACGUCCCACUCUAAACCCCACUGCCCCUUCUCAGAAUGCUCCUGUGCAAGCCUCUAACCAGCUCCAAGGGUUUGCAGCAAACUCUGCUCUUCAGUUGGCAGCAGUCGUUCCUUCUGCCAUUGUGGCACAAGCCACUAGCAACCCACCAACUGCCUUUGAGAGCUCUCAGCACAUUUCAAGACCCACAUCUGGUGCAAGUACCCCUAACAUGUCAAGCAGUGGUUCUUCUGCCCCAAAUGAAACAAGUACACCAUCUUCUUCACAUGCAAUUACAGCUUCAUUAACACCUGUUUCUGUGUCAAAUAGUUCCAACACCUCUUCACAUCCCCCAGAUGCUUCAAGUCCGCCGUCAAUAGGACCAGGGAAUCUCCUCACCUCAGCUUCUGGCCUGCCAAACCCACUUCUACCUCAGACUUCAUCCAGUAGUGUAAUUUUCCCCAAUCCACUGGUUAGCAUUGCUGCAACUGCUAAUGCAUUGGAUCCUCUGUCUGCUCUUAUGAAACAUCGCAAAGGAAAACCACCAAAUGUAUCUGUGUUUGAACCCAAGGCGAGUUCUGAGGAUCCGUUUUUUAAACACAAGUGUAGAUUUUGUGCCAAGGUAUUUGGGAGUGAUAGUGCUCUGCAGAUACACUUGCGUUCACACACAGGUGAAAGACCCUUUAAGUGUAACAUAUGUGGCAAUAGGUUUUCCACUAAAGGCAACCUGAAAGUUCAUUUUCAGAGGCACAAAGAAAAGUACCCACAUAUUCAGAUGAAUCCAUAUCCAGUUCCAGAAUACCUCGAUAAUGUUCCCACUUGCUCUGGGAUUCCUUACGGCAUGUCAUUGCCACCUGAAAAACCUGUUACUACAUGGUUGGACAGCAAGCCGGUGUUACCAACAGUACCAACUUCAAUUGGGCUGCAGCUUCCCCCGACAAUACCUGGUGUGAACAGUUACAUAGAUUCCCCAAGCAUUACGCCCAUGAGCAGGUCACCACAAAGACCAUCCCCUGCAUCAAGUGAAUGCACUUCUUUAUCUCCAAGCCUGAACAAUUCUGAAUCAGGCAUUCCUUUUUCUGCAGAAUCCCCACAACCAAUUCAUAGUGGCUCAGUUAUGACAAAAACUGAGCCAGUCACUAUUCCUGUGACAAAUGCACAGCCCGCAGAUAUUUCUGUAAGUGGGCAGGUUUCUAUAGUACCCACAUCUUCAGUUCCUAAUGCUGUUACAGACAGUAGUAUUCCCCCAAGCAUCCCAAACCCUGUGCUUCCAGCGUUGUCUGACCAAUUUAAGGCUAAGUUUCCAUUUGGUGGUCUACUAGACUCUAUGCAAACAUCAGAAACCUCAAAACUGCAGCAGCUUGUAGAGAACAUCGAUAAGAAGAUGACAGAUCCAAAUCAAUGUGUCAUUUGUCACCGUGUGCUUAGUUGUCAGAGCGCUCUCAAGAUGCAUUACAGAACCCAUACAGGAGAAAGACCAUUUAAAUGCAAAAUUUGUGGACGUGCAUUUACUACAAAAGGCAAUCUAAAAACACAUUUUGGAGUUCAUCGAGCGAAGCCACCACUUAGAGUACAGCACUCGUGUCCCAUUUGUCAGAAGAAAUUUACAAAUGCUGUUGUUCUUCAACAGCAUAUUCGUAUGCACAUGGGUGGGCAGAUUCCAAACACACCAUUACCAGAGGGCUUCCAAGAUGCCAUGGACUCAGAGCUUUCCUUUGAUGAAAAGAAUGUGGAAACGCUGAGCAACUAUGAUGAUGAGGUUGAUGAAAACUCCAUGGAAGAGGACCCAGAGUUAAAAGACAAUGCAAGUGACUCAUCCAAACCACUUAUACCUUACACUGGGUCAUGUUCACCAUCACCCCCCUCUGUAAUCUCUAGCAUUGCUGCUCUGGAGAAUCAAAUGAAAAUGAUUGAUUCUGUCAUGAACUGUCAACAGCUAACCAAUCUAAAAACUAUAGAAAAUGGGUCAGGGGAAAGUGACCAUCUGAGCAAUGAUUCCUCAUCAGCCAUUGGAGAUCUGGAGAGCCAGAGUGCAGGGAGUCCUGCGAUGUCUGAAUCUUCUUCAUCCAUGCAAGCUUUGUCUCCCGAAAACAGCAACUGUGAAAGUUUUAGAUCAAAAUCCCCAGGCCUUAGUAACCAGGAAGAACCACACGAAAUACAAUUAAAGACAGAAAAACCUGACAGCCCUCCACCACCUACUGUAGAAAAUGGAGGUGCACUGGAUCUGACAGCCACCAAUCCAGGAAGGCCAAUCAUCAAAGAAGAAUCUCCUUUUAGCCUGCUGUUCCUGAACAGAGAACGUGGUCCCAGCCAAAGUACUCCUAGCCUGGUCACCAGCACUGCGCCUACCAUGAUCAAAAUGGAAGUGAAUGGUCACAGCAAGCCGAUCUCAAUGGGUGAGGUUCCAUCUCUUCCAGCUGGAAUCCAGGUUCCUGCUGCACCACAGACAGUGAUGAGCCCAGGCAUCACUCCUAUGCUGGCACCCCCACCUCGUCGAACUCCCAAACAACACAAUUGUCAAUCGUGUGGGAAGACCUUCUCCUCAGCAAGUGCACUACAGAUACAUGAACGCACCCAUACUGGUGAAAAGCCAUUUGGUUGCACAAUCUGUGGUAGAGCUUUUACCACAAAAGGGAAUCUUAAGGUUCACAUGGGAACUCAUAUGUGGAAUAAUGCCCCAGCACGCCGUGGCCGUCGACUGUCUGUGGAAAACCCCAUGGCUUUGUUAGGUGGUGAUGCUCUGAAGUUUUCAGAAAUGUUCCAAAAGGAUUUGGCAGCUCGGGCAAUGAAUGUUGACCCAAGUUUUUGGAACCAAUAUGCUGCUGCUAUUACUAAUGGACUUGCAAUGAAGAACAAUGAAAUUUCUGUCAUACAGAAUGGAGGCAUUCCCCAGCUCCCAGUAAGUUUAGGCGGAAGUGCUAUUCCGUCUUUAAGUAAUAUUACCAGUGGAAUGGACAAAGCUCGUACCGGCAAUAGCCCUCCCAUCAUUGGUUUGGACAAAGCGAGUUCUGAAACUGGAGCCAAUCGCCCAUUCACAAGGUUUAUUGAGGAUAAUAAAGAGAUUGGCAUAAAUUAA